AUGAUGGACGUGGAUGAAUAUGUUUGCCCUCGACCACCUACAAUCCACAAACGCAAGAAGAGCGUCUCGAGAAUCUCAUCAGGUACUAUUGGUGGUGGACCUUCUUGUUGUCACCAAGAGACUCGACUAUCCUCGAGUUUGUUUUCUUCUUUAAGUGAUGAUUUCUUUCAAGAUCUUGAUGACCAUGACGACGACGACGAUGGCAUGGUGAAAAUGACUCCAGAAAAGGGUGCUGACAGGAACAGCUGUACGAAUGAUCAUCUACCACCAUUGCCGCCUCAUUGUCAUCCGCUGCAUCUCAAGAAUCAUGAUCAUCACCAUUAUGGAUUCUUGGCCGAGUUUGAUCGAGGGGUCAGUCCCACUUCGGUGAUGGAUGCCAUUUGUGAUCCAUUUCAUCCCAACAUGAUGGAUCAACAACAACAACAACAACAACAACAACAACAGAAAAAGCAACCACAAUACAAGACUUUUGGAGCGCCACCCGCCGUUCCAGAUUUAAUGGCUUCUUUUUCGUCGUCGUCGUCGUUAUCAUCCGAGGACGAAUCGUCGGUAGAUGGCAGUGCUGCAGCUGCUCCUGGCACACCUUCGCCCAAGCGAUAUCGGCAAAGGAUCCAAAAGUGGAGUUCCUUUCAUAAAGAUGGUAGAGAUUGGGGAACAUCAGAAACUUGUGACAUGAAAGUCACGCAACGUCUAUUGGAUCUACUGACAAUGAUGGAGGAAGAACAAGAGGAGUGA